AUGGAUACUUCAAAUACAAAUAAUAACAAUAACAAUAACAAUAGCAAUAACAAUAAUAAUAGUAAAAUGAUAAACCCACAGAAAAAUAACCGCUCGCCCAACUAUCCAAGAGUUAUUCUAAAUGACUACAUUACACAAUUUGAAUUAACUGUAAAAUUUUAA